AUGUAUCGAGACCAUCGAAGCCGGUCUUACAAGCUUCCAGAAGCCAGUGACGAUGGAUCUCCAGGAAUCGCUCAGCAAAGAGACCCGCUAACGCUGCUCAGUCCAAACGACCAAAAUAGCCGUCGCAAACUGGCAUUUUCAUCUCCAGAGUCCCACAGAACACGUUUGGAGCAAGUUGACGAGGUAUCAGAACUGCUGGACAGCUCUGAACACCGCAACAACCUACAGUUUUUCGAAGAUUCUACCAACGAUGACCAUGACCAUGACAACAACAAUAACAACAACGACAUGAACGACAGCGACAACACUAACGAAGAUCGGCCCAUCAAACCUCCUAUGCCAGGACUCACCAGAAGUGCCCGAACGUUGAAUUUGGUUCAAGUACCUGCUAUUAACGAUUAUAUGGAUAACUGGAGUCCAUUCGAAGAACGACCUGAAACGCCAGCAAAUCUCAAAAGAACAGCUAGUAAAAGUGAACUUUCUCCGUUCGUAAACGACCCUGAAGUUUUACGCAAAUGGAUGUACAAAAAGGUUGAAACCUCUCCAAACAGAUCCAAAAGCAGCUCACUCUCCCCCUCACAAACUCAUUUCACCAAGCAGCGGAAAACUUAUACCCAGCAGGCUUUCUCGAACGCCAAGCCUGACCAAACUGCAUUCAUGUCUUCUGGUCUCAAAUCAAAAAUGCAAUCGCAUCUCAUGCCGCAAGUCUUCAGCACGCCCGACACACCGGUCAAGAAAUCACCACAUAAUAAAAGUCUUGACCCUUCGUCUAUUAUGGACUCCCCAAUGCGAUCAUUUACAUCGGCAACUGGGCGGUAUGACUCUCUUAACCAGUCACCGCUUAGUGCUGCCAAUAGCCGAUUCCAUUCUUCCAAUAUCACGAAUUCUUCGCUGUCUCUUGGCAAGAAUAAACCUGCAAGAACAUCCAAGGUGUUCAGUAAUACAGUUUUGACCAACACAUUACAACAAUUCACAGACGAUUUGUAUGGAAACGACGACGAUGAUGACGGGUUUCUUUCUGGCCGUGCCCCCUCCACAGCACCUACAAUAACGUUUUCUGGAGAUACAGGAAGUCCAUCGCAUACCCCAACAAAAUCGCCUUACACAAUACGACGGCCUUCACCUUUUCUUAUGUCGAGGCCAAAAAGAUCGAUCAAUGCGAAAAUAAGCCGACCUGCCUCGCCACCUUCGGAACAGAUACAUAUAAGUCCGGAUUCACAUUUAUCCACGAAAUUCAAAAAUGUUAGCACAAUUGGUAGCGGCCAUUUUUCCCGCGUCUACCAGGUAAUCUUUGCAGAGACGGGCAUCAAAUAUGCUGUCAAGAGCAUGCGACCUAAUAAAUCUAAUACAACGGCUAGAAUAUUGCAAGAGAUCGAAAUUUUGUCACAAAUCAGCGAGACUUCAUUAGAUGAGGAAGGGAAAGACUAUGUGUUGAGCUUCAUAAGCUCAUGGAAGUACCAAGGCUUCUAUUACGUGAUGACCGAAUAUUGUGAGAACGGCGACCUAGAUUCUUUCCUCAAGGAGCAAGUUGUGAGCAAGAAAGCGCGAUUAGAUGAUUGGCGAAUAUGGAAAGUUAUAGUGGAAUUAAGUCUGGCGCUCAAUUUCAUCCACGACUCUUGCCAAAUUGCACAUUUAGACCUGAAACCAGCAAAUGUUUUAAUUACAUUCGAAGGUAGUUUGAAGCUCGCCGACUUUGGAAUGGCGACGAAAUUACCUGUUGUUAAUAAUGGUUUGGAGAACGAAGGUGACAGAGAGUACAUCGCUCCAGAGAUCAUAUCCGACUGUAUCUACGACUUUAGGGCCGACAUAUUUUCCUUGGGGCUAAUGAUCGUUGAAAUAGCUGCGAACGUCAUGCUGCCGGACAAUGGCAAUGCCUGGCACAAACUGCGUUCUGGUGAUUUAUCUGAUGCUGGGAAACUCAGCUCCACCGAAAUUAACUCAGAUUCGUUGUUUUCGAAUGGGCACACUACGACUGAGAUCACCAACAUGUCAUACCAUGGUGAAGCCAACAAACUCGAUUUUUUGGUUGACACCUGCAGUAAAAUUCCGGCAUGGGUGCCUAAAUUUCUGAUUGAUGGAGUAUCCCUCGAAAAAAUGGUACGGCGCAUGAUAGAGCCGGACUACAAGAAACGCCCUACGGCCAGCGAAAUUCUGCAUUCAGAGGAAUGCGAAUACGUGGAGAGGACUCGUAAGGCAGGCGCUAUAGUGCAAGAAGACGACUUCGGACCGAAGCCCGAAAUGUUUAUGUGA